GUUGUCUGGUGCUAUUGACUUUGCUAGUUGCGGAGUAUUAAUUACUGUGUAUAACAUAAAAGGUAACCUUAGGGACAAGUUGCAACUUGUUGCUGGAAAGCUCAACGGCAUCACAAGGCCCGUAUCGUCAGUCAUCCCUACAAUUGUAGGGCGCCCUAAUGGCCUCUCUAUUGUCAUAAUUUUCUACUUCUCCAUGUCAGCGCUCUAUUUUGAGGUUAUGUCACAAACAUCUAUUUAUAUCAUGUUUUAUCAGCCUGAAAUUUCCUUAAUUUAAAAAGAAAACAUAUCUUCACAAUAGGAGAGUGCUGACACUGACACGGAACAAGUGUAAUCUAGCAAUUUUUAAAGGAGAGAAAGGAGUAUGAAAAUCAAGGAGGCCAUGAACUACAAUUGUAGGGGUGACUGAUGAUAGGGGCCUAGGGUAAAUUUCCCAACUCAUGACCUUUUCUGUGGAUCAGAUCUAUUAGUUAUAGUAUUUGCAAGGUAAAACCCCGGAAGAUGAGUGCAAACUGGGUCGAUUGCAACUGAAAGAGAACUUCAAGCUAAUGAUGAUGGGCUCUAGAGAAGAAGAUAUUGCUGAGGCCAACACAGCGCCAGAAAAUAUGCCUGAUGUUGUAAAUGAUUUUGACAUUGAAGAGGAUGAAAUUGCUAUUGAAAAUCAAGAAGUUUAUCUCGCAAAAAUUGAGAGAAGAAUAAAAGAGUACAAUGUCAAGGUUUUAAAUCAGUUCCGUCCAGAUAAGAAGCUACUUGUUUUAGAUAUAGAUUACACACUAUUUGAUCACAGAUCAACAGCACAAACUGGAGCAGAAUUGAUGAGACCAUACCUCCACGAGUUCCUCACAGAUGCCUAUGAGUAUUAUGAUAUAGUUAUUUGGUCAGCCACAAACAUGAAAUGGAUAGAAGAAAAAAUGAAGUUGCUUGGUGUCAGCACGAAUCCUAACUACAAAAUCGCAUUUUAUCUAGACUCCUUAGCUAUGAUCUCAGUACAUACUCCAAAAUAUGGUGUCGUAGAGGUAAAACCGCUCGGAGUGAUCUGGGGAAAAUUCACACAAUUUUCCUCUAAAAACACAAUCAUGUUUGACGACAUCAGGCGAAACUUCAUCAUGAACCCGAAAAAUGGUCUCAGGAUCAGGCCGUUCAGGGAAGCCCAUCUGAACCGAUACAAAGACGACGAACUUCUGAGGCUGUCCAGAUAUUUGAAGGAUCUGGCGGAACAUUGUAAUGACUUCACUACUGUCAAUCACAGGUACUGGGAGAAAUACAGACCAAAGAAAGGAAGUCUUCAGGGACGCUGAUGUUAGAGAUAAGUUUACAUUUGUUUUUUACAGGUUAAUAAACAACAGUAUGUUGCGAUUUAUUUUAUAUCCUUCCCAGUUUUCAUUUAUGUUUAUGCCAGGAGGAACACUUUUUGGUUCAAACCGUGCUGCAAAUUUUCCGAUAUCUCAUUUACUACAAACUAUCCACUAUUUGUCAAGAAUGCAAAUUAUGAACAACUACAGCUUUGAACAUUCGAAUAUUCUAUUCUUCUCAUUAUGC